GGGCGGAAAGGGACGGGCGGAAGAGGCGGUGGCGGAUGCGGGGAUGGAGGGCAGCGAAGCGGGCGGCGGUGGCGGCGGGGGGCUCCUGCAGCAGAUCCUCAGCCUUCGCCUCGUGCCCCGCGUGGGCAAUGGCACCACCUACUCCAGCCCGCUCUCCACCUUCCCAGAGAUGUGGUACGGCGUCUUCCUGUGGGCAGUCGUCUCCUCCCUUGCCUUCCACGUCCCGGCCGCGUUGCUUGCCCUCUUCACGCUCCGGCACCACAAGUACGGCAGGUUCAUGUCCGUGAGUGUCCUGCUGAUGGGCAUCGUGGGACCCAUCACCGCCGGCACCCUCACAAGUGCUGCCAUUGCUGGAGUUUACAGAGCUGCGGGGAAAAAAAUGAUUCCCUUUGAGGCCCUCAUUUUUGGCGUGGGCCAGACGUUCUGUGUGGUGGUGGUUUCGUUCCUGCGCAUUCUGGCCACUCUGUAGCUCCUCUGGAGAGGCUGGAGAACACAGACCAGAGGGGGAGCAAAGGACCUGCUGCCUCAGAACAAAUCACAGGGAGCACAACUCCGGCCUUGUGCUCCUUCCACAGAUUUAAGGAAAUGGGAGGGCUUGCUCCUGCAUCCAGCCUGGCUUGGAAGCGAAAAAUUGUGAAUUUUGUUACUUUUUGGUAACAUUAAGUGCCAAGUGAAACUUUAUUGCUCUGGAGAGUAGGAAAAUGGCUAGCAGAGGAGGAGACCCGGGUACCUUUCACCAGUGAUGAGGUGUAGUAACAGGACAUGACUAAAAUGUGACACCAGCUGUGCUGGGUAGGAACUGGACCAGAGUGACUUGUGUCCUCAGAGUUCACUUGCUGCUUUGUUGCUUGGUUUUGAGUGAAUCUGAAGCUCUUUUAAUGUCAGUUUUUUAAAUUAAAAAUUUAAUUUGUUUUCUUCCUUGCUCAAACUUCUUAAUACCACAUCAUAGCCAUAGUGGAUUUGGGAGCAGCAAAAGGAAAACUCAUUUUAGAUGGAUGGGAGUGCAAAUUUGUGUCUGAGAGCUCUGGCUGAAUGCUGCACAGGGGGAAAUGACUGUUAUAAAAAGGAUUUUGUGAAUUUUAUUACAGCAAAGCUCUUCAGGCCCUGUGAAUGCUCUGCCCAGAGGUAAAGCACAGUGGAAUGGGCACUCCAGAAAUCCCAGGUGUGCAUGUGGGCGUGCACAGCUUCUCCUCAGGCUUUGAAGGAGACUCGUGUUUUCAAAUGACCCUGCUCUCCUUUGACUUGCUGAUGCUGUUCGUGUUGGUGUGGUGGAGCUGGGUGUCUGCACUGAUCUGGAAGUGGCAGUAGAUAAAAUCCCUCCUGCUGCUGCUGGGAGCUGCGUGGCCAGGCUGGCUUGGACCUGGUGCUGGGACUGUGCCACAUUUUCAGCAUCCAGCCAAAGCACACUGGGGUUGGGAGAGCUGUAAGCUCCUGGCAGGAGCCUGGGUGGUUCCUGUGUCCCUGUGAACACAGCCCCAGAUCAAUCCUUCUCCACAGGCCGUACUGUUUCCUCAUGAAUUGUUUUAGCUUGUUCUGGUUUUAAGUGACUUUUAACUAAUUUAGAGCUCUGCACUUGUGCCUGGAGUUGUGCCAUAUGGCUGGGGCACUUGAGCAGCAAACUGGGUGCUUCCUGGGGCUUGGUUCUUUGGGGAAGCUGAGGUUGAAUUCCAGGGAUGUGGCUGGGCCUAGGAGUUUGCUGUGGCCUGUGUUUGUACCCAGCUCACACCCUAUGGGCUGCAGAAGGAAAGCACUGUCUGUGUCCAGCCUUUCAGGGGACAGUUCCCAUCUGUCUUCAUUGAAUUCCUCUGGUUUCCAAAUCAGUUCCUUUUGUACCUGCAGCAUUUCCUAGGGCUGUUUAUCCACAGUAAGCCCAUGUCCUCAGUGCUGAAAUGACUGGACGUGACACUUAGUGCCGUGGUUUGGAUGAUGAGGUGGUGACCAGUCAAAGGCUGGACUGGAUCUCAGAGGGUUUUUCUAAACUGAAUUGAUUCUGUGAUCCUUCAGCAGGGCACUGUGGUUAUCAUGGAAAAGGCUGUCUUUAUGCAUGGACUUCUCAGGAGUGGUCUGUCGAUGGUGAGAGAGGUUUGCAGGUGCUACCUACUGAGAUUCCUCUAAAUUUUAGCCUAUAUUAAUUCAGGGAAUAUAGAUGCUCAGUUUAGGAAAUAAUUAAAUUAGGUGGAUGUGAUCCAAGUAGUGUAACAUACUAAACCCUGGAUCUGAGGAGAGCCCGGUGUGCUGUGCUGCUUGUAGAGAGCCAGUUUUCCUGCCAGGGCAGAAACCAUGAAAAAGAAGGAAUAAGCUUUCUUUCUUUUCCCCCUUCCCACUUCAUAUUUAAGCAUGUGUACAGAGUGCACAGUUUUAAUUUACAGGAAUUAUCCUGUGUUUUCCUGGAUGGAUUAAAAGUAUCUCAUGGAAUUUGGAUAGGGUGGGUCUGGUAUUACCUUUCAGGUGACACCAGAAACCAAUGUCCUGAGCACCUGCUGUGUUCUCCUUUACCCUGCCCUGGUGCCUGGCACUGCUCAAUAGCCAUUAAGCUGAUUGCAGCUGAGAAAGCACUUUAUCCAUGUGUCCCAUGGUACAGCAAGAGGAGGUUUCCUUGCAGGAACAGGGCUGAGGGGUUGUUACAGAGCUCAGAACAAGUGGGAGAAUUGUUUGGUAAAGUCACUCAGUGCUAACUGGAUGAACUGAAGACCUCCCUUUUUGUAUCCCUAGGGAUCUCUGAGACACUGUUUUGAGGGGGGUUUUGGUUUACUUGAAAAGGUGGCAGCUUGACCCUGUUUGGAGCUGGCAGUGCCUCUCUAUGCCUGGAUGCUGUGAAAUUUUCAGGGAAUUCCUGCAUAAAAGGUGAACAAUCAGCUGGUUUGUCUUGAUGUAUUAGCACAGAAGGCAAGCUCUUUGUGUCACCUUGGUGCUCACAGAGCAUCCUCCACUCCACUGGCUGCUGCUGACAACCUCCCUCUCCAGUAAAACCAGAGCUAAACAGAAAGGAGUUGAAGCACCAGCUGGCAAUUGAAGCACUGGUGGCAGUUUCCUCCCCUCGUUGGUUUGGCCUUUCUAUUCCUUUUUUCCAAGUGAGGCAUGUGGAGGAAUCCCUUCAGUUUUCAUCAGAUAGACUUUGCUCAGUCAAACUUGCCAAAAACUGCAAAGAGCUGGCAAAAACAUCAACACUGUCCUGGGCUCAGCAGUGCUGUGAGCCUCUGCUGGGGAGCCCAGCCAAUGUGCUGGUUAACAAAACACCUUCUGGAGAAGCUGCCUGCCCUGGAGGAACACCCGCUCAUGUCAAGGCUUGUGGCCCUGCUCCCUGUGUGUGACAUCCCCCCUGCUCCCACCUGGCUUCCUCUCGCUCACAGCUGCGGCUGUCAUGAACAAAUCUUUGUACGACUGAAAAUUCUGUACAUUUUAUUUUUCUACUGACACUCCUAAUCCUGGUGGUGAUUAUCAGUAAAUUCUGUAACUCUU